UUUCCGUGUUUGUUUUUUCCCCAUCCUUCUACACGCAUGCUCAGUGUGUCCCCUCCGCUGAUUCACAUCAGCAGCAGCAGCAGCCAGGAGAUCCACUGGUCCGACCGCACAUGGAGCCCCAGUGAGACGAGCCAGCGCUCCGGCCAGCGGGGUGUACAAGGUGUGUGAUGGCGCUGUGCUCUGAGGCCUGUGUUUCUGGCUCAGGAGGAGAAUCCUCCAGCAGUGAGCGAGGUUCUAGCUGCCUUCAGUUUGGAGUUCGUUCCUAUUUACACCACUUCUAUGAAGAGUGCUCGUCUUCUAUGUGGGACAGAGACCCGGAGGAUCGAGGGUUCGUCCAGAGCCAGAGGUCAGCCUUGCGGUGGAACUCAGCAGUCUGGAAGGUGUCCUUGGCCCUGGGUCUGCUGAUCCUGACUGCGGGUAUUGUCACCCUGUCAGUCGGUUACUGCACUCCUCACAAAAUUGAGUCAUUCGGAGAGGGAGACCUGUUCUUCGUGGAUGCCCAGGCUGUCAGCUUUAACAGGGGGCUUCACGCUAGCGCUGCGGCCGGGAUCGGGCUCUCCUGCCUCGGCUCUGCCCUGGCAGCGAUGGGGGCGGUCGUUUGGAUCCUCAACAGGGCAAACUUGAAAGAGAAGCUGUUCCACAGACCAGGGGAGGGGGACCGGAGAGGAGAGUCCGGUUCAAAGUGGAGGGGAUGUAGGGAUCUGGGGGAUGUGGUCACUAAACCGCCAGGUUCAGAGGAGGGAAAGAUGCCCUUCACUUUGUCGAAAGUGGAAAAUGUGCAGCCCACUUCAUAAAAAAGCUGAUGAGCUACAGGGUGUUCUGGCUUUUGUUGUAGUCCAGCGGCAUUGUGUACUUGCUCUCUGAUCUGUUUUUAAGAAAACAAGUGUCAUUUUGGCAUGAAAAUUGUUCCCAUGGAGGCUGUUUUGAGACAGUCGGAUAUUAGACAUCAGCAAGUUACUUUACAGACCUACAAGGCUUAAAGGGAACAAUUUGAACUGAAGAGUUUCUUAAAACAUCCAAAUUAAAAAUAUGAGGCCCCAAGACUAUGAACUAGAGACCUUGUAGCUCUCAGAGUGCAGCAUAGGGACAUAGCUGUUGACCGUAGACUGUGUUUGUGCAGUGCACUUGUGUUAUAUCUGAAAAAUACACAGAGUAUUGCCUCAACACUCGAAGAGAGCAGAAUUCUUGUGACCGAUGAUAGAAGUUCAUGUUUUAUCCUCUCACUUGAUAGUGUUUGUUGUAAUUUUGCUCCUUCUUUUCUAUCAGUUGUUUUUUUUUUUUCAAAUAGCAGCGGUAUCAGCCUUCCAAGUAGACAAGGUGGUAAUAUUGCAUGAAUCCAUGUGAAAACCUGCAUUUCCAAUCACACAGCGACGUUACAGAUGUAAAGACUCAUUAACAUUUCUGUGUCUACAUUUUCACACAUCUACACUAAUGCUCGGCCCGCUGUGUUCAACGCAUGUACAGUCACAUGCUCCCUCGCUCACACACACACCCACACACAUGCACAAAUUGGUGCUCCAUUGACAGUCUCACCUAUUUUCACCCCACUGUAAUCUGGCUCUGUAAUUGCCUGCAAUCUGUGUAUCCAGGCAACAGUUAGGCUUCAAGUGCUCUAUUUUGAACUCCGAACAAAGGCCCUUUUCUGAUUGGUCCCUCACUUCUCCUCUCUUUAUUUUCACGCCAAUCAGAUUUUUUGUUUACAUGCACACACAGUAGUAACGAGUAAGUGGUGAAGGGGUGAGGCGAGAGGAAUUUGCACUGGCACCUUAGAGGCCACCUUUGUGAUUGGGUCCUCCAAUUCAUUAUAAUAGAGAGUACAAGUGAGAGAAAAAACUGUGGAAAACAGCAGAACAACCAUGAUCUUCUGGUAUGACGGCACUGGUCCCGCUGUAUGUUAUUAUUGGUGUUUUGCUGUUUUGUUGUGUUAUCGGUUAUUAUUAAGAUAAUGGAGUGAAAAGGGGUUUAGUGUCACUGGUGCAAAGCAAAUGGCCAAAAUAAACUUGUGAUCUGCAAACCUAA